GUUCCGCUGGAUUGCGCAGGAGGGGCGCGAGGUCCUUUUUCUGGAAGACUUCCGUGCUGCCCUGGAGCUACAUGACACGACUCUGGAGGGUCAUCAAAGCUUCUCGGCUGCAGCUUCCCCAGCCUCGCGAGCCUCGCCAGCCUCUGGGUCAGAGGCAAAGGAGACUGCAUCCACAAAGCCCCAGCGACAGGAGGCUGCAACUCCUCCAGCCCCGACAUCCGAGCUAUCAAGAAAAAGUGCAGGUGAAGAAGAUCCAGUACCUCCUGCACCUACCAAGACCGCCGAGGACUAUCCCGCUUCACCAGCUGCGGCAUCACCCUUGACAAGGCCGCGCACACCGAGCUGCUCCCCGGAGGGCAGUGUUUCUCGACUCUCUCCGGACAUGUGUCGGCAGCUGUCGGCUGGCCGUUUCAAGCACAAGUGGCAAAAGCACUCCGCGUUCCACCCCGUGUGGUUCGCCAACGAUAUGGGUGCCAAGCCUUCUCUUGCGAUUUGGGCGCCCAUUGAGCUCGUUCCACGCGGAAAGUUUCUGGGCGUGAAGCGAGGCUCCCAUGCAGUCAAAGAGAGGCUUUCGUUUGGACAUUAUGUCAGCAUGAGCCCUUCACCGCCAGUGACGGAAUUGUUGGAGAUCACGGAUGAGCAGUACAGUGGCUUCUUUGCGAAGCAUCCGCGGGACGAACUCAACCGUUUUCUGGAUACUUACUUUCCACAUCCGAUUCGCUUCCGGCAAGUUUGGCACUUGAAAGAGUCGGCGCUGAAGUCUGUGUACAUUUGGGCCCCGGUGCCCCCAUCACCGGACUUCACGGCAUGCGGCAUGCUGUGCACGACCGAUGACGAGGCCCCCGCGCUGCAGGAAGUGCGCUGCCUUCCAAG